AUGGAGGGACAGCACCCCGUGGGGCCCUCCCCGAGGAGCCCCGGGGCAGUCGCUGGGCCUGGCACCAGCCCUCCCUCGCCAGCAAAUCGCGGGGAGCCUCCGGCUGCCCGGCAACAAGUGUUUGUGCUGCGGGGGCGGGGGAGGCGGCGGGGCCAUGGCCCUGCAGCGGCGGCUGUGCGCGGCUCUGCGGGACACGCCGCGCCCGCCGUGAGUGGCGGCGGCUCCGUGGGCAGGGGCUGGGCUGGGCCCCGGCAGGCAGUGGGGGGCCCGGGGGGCCGGCGGGGGCUGCCGCCGGGGCGCUGCCCGCUGAGCCCCGAGUCCCGCAGGCCGCGGCCCGGGCGCUCCGCGCGUGUGCUGCUGAAGAGGCGGGAGCUGGCCGAGCUGGAGCAGGCUCUGCGGAGGCAGCGGGAGGAGCUGGGGCGGAGGAUGCGGCGCCUGGCGCGGCGCCGGCGGCAGCUGCGGCAGAGGCAGGAGCGGCUCCGGGACGGCGCCCUCGCGUUCGACGCUUUCCUGAAGGCGGUGUCGGCCGGGCGGGCGCGGGCUGUGCGGCGGGCGGCCGGGCAGGAGGCCGAGGCCGCCCGCCUGCGCCGGGAGCUGACGGGGCUGCGGGGAGCCAGGGAGCGCCUGGCGCGGCGCCUGCGGAGCCUCCGCGGCUGCCGGGACCGGCUGCAGGCCGUGCUGGCCAGCACCGACCAGUUCCAGGACGUGCCGGCCGUGCUGGCCCAUCUCGGGGCGCUGGCGGGGGCGCGGGCAGCCCUGGUGCAGGAGGUAGAGGCCAAGCAGGAGCAGCUGGCCCAAGGCUGGGCACGGCUCCGGCGGGCCCGGGAGGAGGUGGGCAGCGAGCUCCUGCGUGCCAGCGCCGAGCGGGACCAGCUCCACGCACGCCUGGAGGCCGCCCGCCGGGACCUGCUGCAGGGGGAGUGCUGCUGGGCCCAGGUGCAGAGCAGAGCCGCCCAGCAGAGCCUGCUGCUGGGGCAGAUCAAGUUGGCUGUGCUGAACCUCUUCCAGCUUGCCACUGCCUGGUUCCAGCUCCCCACAGCCGUGGCCCUGGAGGACACAGAGGCCCAACUGGACACGGUGCUGCUCUGCAUGCAGGACCUGUCUGUCCUCGCUGCCCAGCUGUGCCCAGGCCAGCCAGGGCCGUGCCCCCCACGCUUGGCCACCAGCACGAUGCCGCUGUGCCGCAGGGGAGCCCGGGGACCACCGAGCCAGCACCAGCCUCCGGCCCCCCGCCUGCCCCCAGCGCUGGGGAGAGGCUGCCGUGGCCAGCACAGAGCUGCAGGACGCCUGGCACCCCUGGGCACUCCCUGACAAGGCUGGACACCCCCACGGCCAGCAGCAACGCGGAUGGCAGUGGCACAGGCCCCUCUGCUGGAGGGCAGAGCCUGACCCCCACGCCCCCACCCGCACAGGGCAGCACCCACCUGUGUUGGGGCUGUUGUCUCACAAUACAACCCCCUGCAGACCCGCA